AUGAACGCCCUGCAGUCCUACUCCAGUGACGACGAGUCCGGGGGCGAGGCACCGGCCCUGAAGGUGAGCCCGGCGCCGGGGGCCGCGUGGCGGGGGCUGACACGCCUCGGCCAGGGGCGACGCGUCGUUGUUGUGUCGGCCAGGCUGGCGGGGCACUGGCGGGGCUCCUGGGCCGCCCCGGGGGUCGGCUACGGUGCGGCGGCCCCCAAGACUCAGAAGGGGAAGAUCUUUUGCAUUUUUUAUGGCCUCGUCGGCUGCUCCUCCGGGAUCCUCUUCUUCAACCUGUUCCUGGAGCGCAUCAUCACCCUGCUCGCCUUCAUCAUGAGGAGACGCCACGAGAGGAAUCAGCGGAAGCGAAUGGCGGCCAUACAAAGGGCCCAGGGUGUGGUGGAGAACGGCCAAAGGAGAACCUCGCAGGACUCCAUGGAGGACGGGAGCCUCAGCGCCUGGAAGCCCUCCGUGUACUGGGUGAUGUUCUACCUCUCCAUCGCCUCCAUCAUCGUCGCCUUCCUGGGGGCCAUCAUGUUCAUGGAGGUCGAGGAGUGGACUUACGAGAACGCCAUCUACUUCUGCUUUGUGUCCUUCUCUACCAUUGGGUUUGGCGACUUUGUCUCCGCUCAGCGGACUGCAACUUGCUGCGCGGGCGGCCAGUGCACAUCAGCAGGGCGCAGAAACACAGUGUCCCCCUCACGUCAACAGAAACUCUCCAUCAAGCGGUUGGAUGGAGACAUUGACUCCGUGUACGGAUCGGAGACGGAGAGAAAGCUGUCCGGCGAGAUGGUGUCCAUGAGGGAAUACAUCUCCACGAACAAGGUUUCUCUGGCGGUGAUGCAGAAACAACUGUACGAGACAGCACAGCUAGGUUGAGGACAGGCCGCGGCCAGCCACCAAAGGCCACCCUCGGACGAGCGCUUCACCCCAGGCAAGGUUGGGCCGCUGGCCAUCGCCUCCUCUAAGCUGUUUGAGGGUCGCUCCUAACAAACUACUUUGAGUGGCAUUUGUUUCACCUCUGCUGAAAAGCAAAGGUGCAAAUGUAGUAGAGUUAUACAUAUUUUCAUACCCAUGGUUAUUUUUGCCAAAUGUAAAUGUUAUUGGCGUGUUUGUUCAUCUGUAGUGAUAAGUAAUUAGAGGAAGGUUGUGGUACUCCAGAGAAAUCUUGCUCAGAAAUACUUUGUUCCCUAUGUUAUAGUGAUUUUUUUUAUGAACAAGGUAGCGAAUUAACUAGAGAGAUCAUUUGUCUUGUUUCAACUCUACAGUAUACUGGACUUACUGAUGUAUACCCUCUGUCUAACAUAAAUAAAUAAAAAAUCACUUUGCACUUGUAUGUUUCAU